CCUUAACCUCUCCAAAUAUGUUUUGUUGUGUGUGUUAAAAUAAAUGUGUUAACAAAGUUAUUAAGUGUUAAAAAUGUCGCAAAUCAAAGCAAGGAGCACACGGAACAUAUCGUUAAAAGACGCAAGUGUUUUCAACGACGAUUCGAUGGACUCAAACGAAGCGUCCCCGAACUCGUACCUAAACAAGAAAAUCAAAUCAGAACCGGAGGAAAUAAAGCCGAGGGGCUCGUUGAAUACCACGUUAAAAGAUGCCAGAAUUUUUGAUGAGGACUCGAUGGACUCGAAAGAGCUGUCCCCUAAUUCCUACUUAAACAAGGUGUUCAAAAAGGAAAAGUCCCCCGUCAAGAUAAAAACUGAGUUGGACGAGUACAGCUCGCCAUUAAUCAAAAGGGAAUUUGAAAGCCUCAACAUACAGUCACCAUUGGAAACUGAGACCAAAAAGUCGGUGCAUAGUAGGCUGGGUGACGUCGCACACUCUAGAUUGGGACCGAAAGCAGAUGACAAGAAAAGUGUCAGUAGGAAGGUGUUCAAAAGGGACGCGCCGUACGAACAGGCCGACGAACAUCCCACCAAACGGGCCAAACAAUCCAAAAUGGACGAGCCAAAACCUAAAAAGGAACAGAAGCAGAUGGAGACUGACCCAGAGGUGCUGAGGAGGAGGCAAAAGCAAAUCGACUUCGGCAAAAACACUUUGGGUUAUGAGAACUACAUCAGACUAAAAAAGAAGAGCGAAAGAGGGGCUGACGAUCCGCAGACUCCCAACAAGCACACCAAGUACUCUCGGAGGGCCUGGGAUGGGCUUAUUAAACAGUGGAGGCUUAAGCUGCAUGCAUACGAUCCUGUUGAGUCCGAUGAAGAUUGACUUAGUCCCUAAGUGUAAAUAGUACUAUUUAAUUUGUUCCCUAUGAUAUUUCGAUUGAUUAUCACGUUUUUAAAAUUGUAUUAGAUUAAUUUAUAUUAUUCAAAUAAAUUUUUAUUUUAAUUGAC